GACACAGCAUAUCUUCCAGCCCAUGGGCCAGGCUGCCCUCGGGCAGCACUCAGCAAAGGGCCUGGGGGGCCUGGGGAUGAGCUGCCCUCAGUGAACAUCUAACGGAGUGGGGGUGGACGGCCAAAGGCCAAAGACGCUUCCGGGCAGACAGCAUGGGCUGGCCUCAGAACCGGAGGCUUCCAGGAAGUGGUGUUUGCCUCUCUGGCAGGUCGAGAGGACACCCCACACAGGCGCCUGGAGCCGAGGCCUGACUGGGAGCUGGCUGGCAGAACACUGGUGAUGCCGCAGUGGCUGUGAGCAGGAAGGGGAAUGUCGGCUGUGCCCGGAGUUGGAGCCUGGGAAGCCGGACGGCCCUGGGUGCCAGGUACGCCGCCUGGUGGCAGCAGGGGUGCCCAGGGUGCUCUCUGAUGAAUCCCCGGGCACACGCCCAUCAUGUGGCACCCCUCAGGAGGAGGGGCUGAGCGGACGAUGUGAAGCAUGUAGAGAAAGGCUCCAUUCUUCCUGGACCGCAGUCCUGCCUGGCCUGGGAGGCAGGAGGCAUAGAAAUGUGAGGGCCUGAGCGACCACACCCCAAGGGAGAGGUGGGGAGUGGACCGAGGGCCAGAGGGUUGGUGCUGCGGAGCUUGGGGUCCUGGCUGGGAAGUGACCAGAUUGGUCGAGAAGCGGGGGCACCUGGGCUAGCAUCUGCCAGCCAGGGAGAGGGUGAGUGUGAGAGGGCCCCGGGGGUGCACAGGGCCCCACUGGGGACACCAUGAGCUGAGCAGAUGCCCGUCGCGGGAGGCCCCUUCCUGCUUCCCGGGGGGACUAUGCUGGCACAGGGCCCCCAGAGGAGGCUGCUGGGCAUCUUCAACUCCACCUCCCCAGCCACCCCCCACCUCGAGCUGGCCCCCAACCAGACGGGCACCUGGUGCCUGGAGGUGUCCAUUCCCAACGGGCUCUUCCUCAGCCUGGGGCUGGUGAGCCUGGUGGAGAACGUGCUGGUGGUGGCCGCCAUCGCCAAGAACCGCAACCUGCACUCGCCCAUGUACUUCUUCAUCUGCUGCCUGGCCGUAUCGGACCUGCUGGUGAGCGUGAGCAACGUGCUGGGCACAGCCGUUGUGCUGCUGCUGGAGGCGGGCGCGCUGGCGGCCCAGGCCACCACGGUGCAGCAGCUGGAUGACAUCCUGGACGUGUUCAUCUGUGGCUCCAUGGUGUCCAGCCUCUGCUUCCUGGCCGCCAUCGCCGUGGACCGGUACAUCUCCAUCUUCUAUGCGCUGCGCUACCACAGCAUCGUGACGCUGCCCCGGGUGUGGCGGGCCAUCGCGGGCAUCUGGGUGGCCAGCGUCGUCUCCAGCACCCUCUUCAUCGCCUACUACGACCACACGGCCGUCCUGCUCUGUCUGGUCAGCUUCUUUGUGGCCCUGCUGGCGCUCAUGGCGGUGCUGUACGUCCGCAUGCUGGUGCAGGCGUGCCAGCACACCCGUGGCAUCGCCCGGCUGCACAAGAGGCAGCGCCCUGCCCCCCAGGGCUUCGGCCUCAAAGGGGCUGCCACUCUCACCACCCUGCUGGGCAUCUUCUUCCUCUGCUGGGGCCCCUUCUUCCUGCACCUCUUGCUCAUCGUCCUCUGUCCUCAACACCCCACCUGCCACUGCAUCUUCAGGAACUUCAACCUCUUCCUGGCCCUUAUCAUCUGCAACACCAUCGUGGACCCGCUCAUCUAUGCUUUCCGAAGCCCAGAGCUCCGGAAGACGCUCCAAGAGGUGCUGCAGUGCUCCUGGUGAGGGAGGUGCCCGAGGGCUCAGGCCAGGUGCUGGGCAGAGGGGCUGGCAGUCACUUGCCAGAAAGGACGGACUAGAUGAUCUCCGAAGGUGUGGGCGCACGGACCCUCUGGGCCAGAGAGGCAUCAGCAGAAAAUCUCCAGGAGUUGUGGGGGAUGCAGGAGGCUGGGGAGAUGGGGCCACAGGCACAGGGCAGGCCUGGGCUCCUGGACAGACACAGCCCACUCGGGGAGACAUCCACCUGCACCCAGAGAUAGGCGAGGACCCACUGUGCCCCCGCCCAUGGGGAGGUGAAGUCUGCGGGCUGGCAGAGCGCCGCUCUCUCGAUGAGGACCUCAGGAGAAGGGACUGUAAUGAGCAGGACCCAGCCUCACAGGGAAGGAGUGAGGUCCUGUCCCUGGCAGAGAGACGAAUCCGCAGGAGCCAUAGUGGGCAUGGGGCUGAUCUCUUCUCGGGCUCAUGGUGCUGGAGAGCUGGGGGCUCGGCCCUUUUGUUUGCACCACACAUGCCCCUCAGAUAGUGCCUGCCACUGCCUGCUCAGGCCGAGGCACAGCCAUUAGUUCGAAUCAGUGACCAGCACCCAGGGUCACAGGGCCGGGAAGCGUCUGGGAAUAAAUGGUGUGCUUGGAGCAGCUCCAUUGCCAUCUACACUGGCUCAUUCCAAAGGCGCUUGAAGCUUGAGGGUGGAGGAACCGUGGAGGGGCCUGGUGGGAGUGAUGAAGGGGGAGGGGAAUAUUCCAGAACCCCCGGAGGACCCAGCAUGCCUGAAGCCCCAGCCCAGUUGCACCUGCUCUGAUGCUGUGUCUGCCUUAUCCGUGUCUGCGAACCUGGUCC